GGGGAGCCGCUGCGGCUCUACUGCGUGCAGGACCGGCGCGCCGUGUGCGUCGUGUGCCACCUGUCCCGCGAGCACCGCACGCACACCGUGCUGCCCGCCGAGGAGGCCGCGCACGCUGCCGAGGAGGUGCCCCAGGAGCAUUUGAGCUCCCUAAGGAAAAGCCGUGAGGAAGCCAAGGCCGAGCGGGAGAGGCAGAGCGAGGAGCUGCUGAAGCAAACUGAGGUGGAGAGGCAGAAGAUUGUGGCCGAGUGCAAAGAGCUCCGGAGUUUCCUGGAGGAGAAGGAGCAAUUCCUGUUGUCCCGCCUGGAAGAGCUCGACAAGGGUAUUGUCAAGCGGAGAGAUGAGAGCGUAUCCCGCCUUUCCGAAGAGAUUUCCCAGCUUGAUAAGCUGCUGGGAGAGCGGGGAGGAGAAAACGGCCCCGGAAACCAGUCCGGGCAGGGUGUUGCCACUGCUGGAAGCAGCUUUGAGAGCUGGAUGUUCUGCAAACCGGAGCCCGGAUUCACGGAGCUGGAGAAGAAACUCAAGAGCUUUUCCCAGAAAAGUGCCGUGCUGAAGGAAGUCCUGCUGGAGUUCAAGGAGAAUCUCCGGUUUGAAUUGGAGAACGACACGGGUGACCUCUCUCUGGAUCCGGACACAGCCAACCCCUACUUGGUGCUGUCGGAGGACAAGCGGAGCGUGCGGCUCCGGAGCGCCCCGCAGGAGCUCCCGGCGCAUCCCAAACGCUUCGACUUUUCCUUCUGCGUCCUGGCGGCCGAGGGCUUCCUGGCCGGGAGACACUACUGGGAGGUGGAGGUGGGUGACGGGGACAGCUGGGUGCUGGGGGCGGCGCGCGAGUCCGUGCGCCGCAAGGAGAAGAUCGACUUCGCUCCGGAGGAAGGGAUCUGGGCGGUGGGGCUCAACUGGAAGGGCAAAAACUGGGAUCAGUACCAGGCGUUCACGUCGCCGGAGACGCCGCUCUCCCUGUGCGAGAGGCCCCGGAAAAUCGGGAUCUACCUGGACUACGAGGGCGGCUGGGUGGCGUUUUACAACGCGGACACCAUGGCCCCCAUCUUCACCUUCACGGCCGCCUUCUCCGAGAGGAUUUUCCCCUUCUUCUGGCUCUUCUACGUGGGCUCCUCGCUCUCCCUGUGCAAUGAGCAAUGGAUCCGAAACCUGGAUCCAGGCUGUUGCGGAGCUCCGGAUUCUCUCAACUCGCAGGUUUCUAGUGAGCCCUAG